AUGGCGGAUAUUCAAGAUGAUGAAGAGUUCGAAGAGAUGCUGAACAUUGUGUUAUCUCAGUGGAGAAACGUUCGUCAGCGCAAGAAGCGAGCGAUUCGCGUCAGCGGGAGCGUGGUACCAGACGACAAAAGCGUGUGCGACCAGAUGGCUCUUGAAGUCGCUGCAAAGCGGAAAUUUGAUUUAAAAUCUGGACGUAAACUCGCUAGUGUGGACACAUUGCAAGAUUUAUUGGAUGCUUUGGAUGAGGAUAAGCCUGGACUCUUGAAAACGCAGCGGUGUCUAUCCGGGGUUAUUAUCAGGCACGGGGGGUCCGACAACAAGAAGCCAAAGUUGAAAAUAUGCAAGAAUCCUGUACUUGUCCAGGAUCCGUCCAAUCUGCUUCCGUCCAAGCUUCUUGAUGCCUGUUUGAAAGUCUUGCCGUUGUCCAACACGAAGUCGACUGCUAUAUCGAUAGACGGAUCCCAACCAAGUCAGUCGCAUAGCAGUGAAGAAAAGGCGGCUCCACAGUCUGUCGAAACGGUUCUCAUAAAGGAUGUGGGCCAGUUCUCCAGAAAGCAGAUUGAGAUCUUCAAGCGUGUCCGGAAUCUAAAAGAGGUCGUCGAAUUGGGACUGGGUACAUACAAAUGGAUGACAGAGAUUGGUAUCCCCGCGUUACCUGCAGAAAAUCACGGCCUCGCCAAGAAGAAAGCAGAAAAGGUGGAAAGCACGUACCCCUACCAACAGAUCCAGGGACUCCCAGGUGUCGCUGACUUUCAGUAUGGGAUGCUCUAUCGCGCUACACCACCAUCCUGGCUAUCAAAUUCCUUCAUCCGAGCUCUAUGUCUGCGACGUUGCAGGGAUUUCACAUAG